CCCUUCGACUUUACACAGCUCAUCACACUCACCUACGACUUUGUCAACCAAUCUCCCACUACGCAUACAUCCUGGCCGCUUCAUAACCAAACAUAUACAACACAGCAGCCAUGUCUCUGCAUCGCGCCACAUCGUCGGCAUCCACAGCCAUGUUCCGUUUCGCCGCUGGCGGUGCCCCUCGUACUCAAUGCACUCAAUGUUUGCGUCCUGCCUUCCGCUCAUCACAACCUGCUCUUCACUUCUCGUCGCGACGAAGCUUGCAAACUGCCACCGCCUACCGCCCUUACACAUUGGACCCCAUGCCCUCACCGCGAAACGCUGGCGUUCCCGAGACUUCUAUCGCCGGACUACCUCCGCUCCCCUCUACAACCUCGCGCCAGUCAAAGCCAUCUCCUGCAGACGAUCAACCCCUCAGUGUUCCCGAGAAGGAAGCUCAAAAGUCCUCGGCCGUAAACACGUCAUCAGCAGCAACCACAUCUGCCACCACCAAGCCUCAAAGAAAGAGCAAGCUGCGUCCUCGCAAGGCUGCCAUCACACUAUCACAGACUGCCGUGUCACAUCUGCGUGAGCUACUCGAACAACCCGAGGCAAAGCUGGUCCGUGUCGGCGUACGUAACAGAGGCUGCUCCGGACUAGCAUACCACCUCGAAUACGUGGACAAGGCUGGAGCCUUUGAUGAGACUGUUGAGCAGGAUGGUGUCAAGGUUCUUAUCGACUCCAAGGCCUUGUUCAGCAUCAUUGGAUCUGAGAUGGACUGGCUCGAAGACAAGCUGAACGAGCGCUUCAUCUUCAAGAACCCCAACAUUACUGAACAAUGCGGUUGUGGAGAAUCUUUCAGCAUCUCAUAAACGUCACCAAAACCUAUUUUAUCCGAACCAAAUUCAGGCACGACCAUGACCUUUUGCAUAACUGGAGUAAUAGCGUUUCUUCUUCGAUUGUACAUAUUUUGGGUCCAACAGGAAAGGUCAUCUGGUUUCUUUGCAGCAUACCCCCUUUCUAUAUUUUCCUGAACACUCUUUGCUUUCCUACUAGAUGAUCUAAACAUGAAUAGAAUCUCCAGUUUCUCAGAAG